CCAAGCAUUAUUAGAUUGACUGAGUCGCCUGCUUUGAGGUUUCGACGUCGCCAUAUCCAGGCGGCCUUUCACCCCGAGGUUUCAUCCGAUCCCACCUCACUGCUUGUCCUCGUGCCCGCCACAUCCUCCGGGUCUCGGGCUUCGUACGUCUAGGACAAAUAUAGCCAAACCCAUACCCCUCGCUACCACCUGCCGGUUCAUGCAACCCUGGGGCAUUUAAUAUCCAUAGGCAUCUGCACCCCGCAGGUCGCAGACCUGUCGCCCAGUUAGUUAGGUGCCGUCACGGUCUCCCCGGCAGCCGGACUUAGGUGCGUGACGUCGGAGAGGAGCUCGUCUUCAACUCGCUCGUUUCUCUCACCAGAGACACCCCGCUCGACAGCGUGAGCCUUGUGGCACAACAGGACCAAACUCAGGAGCUAUGUCAGUGUUUUCGAUGAUCAAGCGGGGCCGUCAGGCCGCCAAGGAGCACCGCGCGGAGCAGGCCAAGAAGGAGAGGGAGGAGGCCCAGAAGGCCCCUUACAAGCACAUACCGAGACAUGCCGCCAUUGAUGCUCUGUCGGGCGGGCCGGCAGGUUGGAAAGAGAACGACAGGCGCAGGAUAGUCGAGCAGAACAAGCGACGCAGCGCGAUGACGACGAGCGGCGUGGGUAUGAGCGGUUUCAUGACGCCGGUCCAUGCCGGCAUGCCCCGUACACACAGCGCACUUUCCCACGUCUCAUACCCGUCCUCCUCCGCGAGCCCCGUCGUUCAGCUGCCGCGGGCCUACAGCUACAGCAGCAUGCCGCCGGGCUGGACAUCGCACACGAGGGAGAUCAGCUACAGUCCCAUCGACAUGGUAACUUCGCUGAAGGGCAAGGAGGUCGAAAGGGUUAUCGACUCGGCCCGCACGAGCCGGUCCUCCAGCAAGAUGUCGACCGGUCGGAUCCCGCUACCGCCCGGCGCCUCGUUCGGGGCCGGGGAUGCGACACCAUCGCCCGUCGAAAGCUCCAGCGACUCGGCCAGUUCGCAGGAGGACUUGGAGAUGAAGCCGGUUGCUAGAUACAGUGCUCCGAUCCCUCCGUCCCAGGGCGCCAGCAGGCCGGAUAAGCCUGCGAGUGACGCCGAGCGCAUCCACAGACUGCACCCUGGCCGCUCGCGUAGGAUUUCGGACCCGAACCAGGCCGCAGUGCCUAUGCGAAGCUCUCUGGCGCCGCGCACGAGCUCCCUUGGCCCCGGCAUCCCUCCCGUUCCUGCGCUGCCCCCCCUCCAGUUGGGCACCGCCGUGACCACCCCAGAGUUGUUCUCUUCGGCAGCCUCCUCGAGUGCUAGCUCAGUCACCAUGGUUCCUGUUGCGUCCAGCACAUCGCUUGCCGCCAAGGCUGCGCCAACGGUUGUGACACCAAGGGCGCCGACUACAAAUGAAGCCGAGUUGGCGCAGCAAGCAGAGUAUGGCACGGCAGAAUCCUUGGGCGGGGGAGAGGUCGUGGCCAUGAAGACAAGCGUUGCCCCGAUCGUGUUGGGUGUCCCGCCCGUGGUGGAGGGUACUUCUCCGGCGAAGCACAAGAAGAAGAGGGUAUCGAAAGUGGCAAGGUUCAGCGAGCUGGAGCCCAUCAAGUCCAACACCACCACCGUUACCGUGGAGCCUGCGGAGCUGGAAAAGCGCCCGAUUUCGACGACAACUGCCCUCCCAACGAGCUUCGACGAAACGGCCCUGUCCGGGAGAAAUGAGAUUGUGCUACCCCCUGUGUCGAAGCCGGGCAAGCUCUCCAAGGCACCCGCGGCAGCGAGUGGGAAGCUGGUCAAGAAGAACCGGUGGUCGCUAAGAAGCAGCAAGAGCACUGCGGUGGCUGGCUGAGUCCUCCGAGAAUGAAGAGGACUUUCGCCGCCUCCGUCCUCGUUUUGCAACCGGCAUCGGCGUUGUGACAUUACGUUUACAUAUAUAUCUGCCUGUCUUUUGCAUCUCAUUUGUGUUCCAGCAAGCGACAUCACACGUCAUGA